AUGCCCAGCUCGGGAAAGUUGAAGACGCGGAAGCGGCGGGCCGAUGCGGUGAAGCCGGCCGCCGAGCUAGAAGCCGGGGAUGACGACCCGAAUGCAGUGAUGCUAGGCCCGAAAAAGAAGAAGAUCAAAAAGGCGGCCGACGAGAAGCAGACCAAGUACAACCUGAAGCGCCGCGCGAUGAAGGAGCGCAAAGAGGCCAAGCUCACCAAGAAGGCGCGCAAGCAGCUGGCCGCUGUGGCCAAGCGGAAAGAGGAUAGGCAAACGAGAGACGAACUGCUCGAGGAGCUCUACAAGGUACAGCUGGACCCCUCGGAAUCGGCAAAGCUCGCCUCGGUGACGCAGCUGAGGAGGAAAAAGCACGGGAAGACGAUCCCGGAAAAAGAAAGCUUCGUGAUCAGCGACGAGAAGGACGUGGGCGAGCUGCGAGUGGUGAAGCAAAAGAUCCGUGUCGCCGAGACGAUCCACAACCGAGCACGAAAACCCCAGCUGCCGCUCAAGCAAUCCCGCGAGGUCGACGACGAUUUGCCGGCCAUCAUCUCGAGCGCCACCAAUUCGAAGGCUCCAACUGGGCUGAAACCGAUCGUCGUCGGGACGCGCGACCCCGAAAUCGAGGCCCAGCGCCAAAAGCUGCCCAUCUACAAGGAGGAGCAGCCGAUCGUUGAGGCGAUCCACGAGAAUUUGGUCACGGUGGUGAACGGCGAGACGGGCUCCGGAAAAACUACCCAAAUUCCACAGUUCCUCUACGAGGCCGGCUACACGGCGCUGGGAAUGAUUGGUAUCACCGAGCCGCGUCGUGUCGCCGCCGUCAGCAUGGCGAAGCGCGUCGGCGUCGAGCUGGGCCAGCCGGACAUUGUCUCCUACCAGAUCCGCUUCGAGGGCACGCGGACCGACGAGACGAAGAUACUGUUCAUGACCGACGGUGUGCUGAUGAAGGAGAUGCAGACGGACGUCAUGUUGAAAAAGUACUCGGUGCUGAUCAUUGACGAGGCCCACGAGCGCUCGAUGUACAGCGACGUGCUGAUCGGCAUGCUCAGCCGCAUCGUUUGCCUCAGAGCCGACACGAACCCGCUGAAGCUGAUCAUCAUGAGCGCCACGCUGCGCACCGCCGAUUUCACGCACAAAAAACUAUUCCCGACGCUCGACCCGAGGAUUCUGAGCGUCGAAUCGCGCCAAUUCCCGGUGACGCUCCAUUUUGAGAAGCGCACGCCUGCCGAUUUCCUGAAAGCCGCUUUUAAUAAGGCGUGCCGCAUCCACGAGGAGCUGCCGGCGGGCGCGAUGCUGAUCUUCGUCCCCGGGCAGGCCGACGUCAAGCAGCUCAUCAAGAAGCUGACCGCAAGAUACCCGGUGGUCUACGAGACGAGCAAGGACGGGCAGAAGCUGAUCCGCGGCUCGAAGCAGUGGAAGGAGGCUCGCGAACGGGAGCUGAAGAACAUGAAGCUCGAGGACUUCAAGGAGAACUCGCUGGCGCCGCCGCCGGCAAAUUGCGAGCCGCUCUACUGCCUGCCGCUGUACUCGCUGCUGUCGAGCGAGAAGCAGCGCCGCGUUUUCCAGGACUCGCCGCCCGGAACAAGGCUUUGCGUGGUCGCGACCAACGUCGCCGAGACGUCCAUCACCAUCCCCGGCGUGCGCUACGUGGUCGACUCCGGCUUCGAGAAACAGCGCCGAUACGACCCGGUGACUGGCGUCUCGCAGUUCGUGCUCGCCCGCUGCAGCCAAGCCUCGGCCGAUCAGCGAUCCGGACGUGCCGGCCGUGUCUCCGCCGGCCAUGCUUAUCGGCUCUACUCCUCACAGGUCUACCAGGAUUGUCAAAAGUUCUCGCGGCCCGAGAUCCUCGACAAGCCGGCCGACCAGCUCGUGCUGCACCUGAAGAGCAUGAACAUUGUCAAGGUUGUCAACUUCCCGUUCCCAUCUUCGCCGGACGAGGACGCGCUGAUCGCCGCCGAGGAGCGGCUCAUCAAGAUGGAGGCGCUGUCGGUGGGCACGCGAAAUGAGAAAACUGAAGCCCGGAUCACGGCGCUCGGGAAAUCAUUGGCCGUCUUCCCACUCGCCCCAUCGUAUGCAAAGGUCGUCGCCAUGGCCAACCAGCACGGGCUGAUGCCGUACGCGAUUGCGCUCAUCGCCGCGCUUUCAGUCCGAGAACCGAUGGUGAACGUGGCCACGCUACGCGGCUCCACGGAGGCCGAGACGAAGCAGCACAUGGUCAAUAUACUCAAGCUGCGCCGCAGUUGGCUCGGCAAAAACGCGCCGCGCCGCCUCGGCGACCUGGGCGUGCUGCUGAGGGCGGUCAGCGCCAGCGAGAAGUGCGAGAUGAUCCCUGAUGAAUGCGAAAUGAUGGGAAUGCGGUACAAGGCGAUGCUCGAGGUCCGCAAGAUGCGCGUCCAGUUGACGAACAUCGUGAACACGACGUUCGGCGUCGACGCGCCGUUCGAGCCGAUCCUGGAGCCGAUUGACGAUCAGAAGGCCCAAAUGUUGAGACAAGUGAUGGUCGCUUGCCUGGCCGACCGGAUCGCGAAGCGCGUCGACCAGACGACCGCCGAAGAGGUUCCGAAGGGCGCCUAUCAAUGCCAGAGUAUCAAGGAGUACGUCUUCAUCGACCAAACGUCGAUGCACUUCAUGGAGGAGCCCGAUUACGUGCUAUACCAGGAGAUUACACAGCUCGGCGGCAAGAAGUGCAUGCAGAACGUGAUGAGCGUAGACGAGGAGUGGCUGUACAAGUUGGCCGAGAACUACUGCACGUUUGGCGCGCCGCCGGCGGACAACAAGGGCGUCAGCUACAACCCGAAGAAAGACGCGCUGACCUGCUCGGUGUCGGUGGCGUUUGGGCCGUGCGCCUGGGAUCUGGGCACCACCGAGCGCCCGUUGCCGCAUAACAUCAACACGUACCGGCUGUUCGCGCAGUGCUUUUUGGCGGGACAGGUAAUCCCCGCCCUUGCCGAGUGGACCCCGAAGCUGUUGGCGCCGCCGACGACGAUGACCCGGGAGUGGGCGAAGCUGCAGCCGCGGACUGAGGCCGUGCUGAAUGCGCUUAUACGGAAAGAGACACUAUCCCGCGCCGCGCUCAUCGCCGUCUGGGCAAAGGAGCCUGAGUUCUUGCUGGACGAGGUGCAGGCGUGGCUCCCGCAGACGCUGCACACCAAGUUCCAGGCCGCCUGGCCGCCCGUCGACGCGAAGGAGGCCGGCAGAAAG